AUUCGAGGUGGAAGCGGCGUGAAAAUAGCCUGCAAUCUUUAACCGUCGAACGAACUUGUACCUCGGUUGGUGGUCAGUCCGCGGUUUGUCGUGAGGUUCGCGGUGUCGUUCGCGAGCUUGCGGAACCAGCCCGCAAUAUGUUUUGAUGUGGCAAUAUCGAGUGCCUCACCACAGCAUAAUAGGCAAAGUUAUAAAAAUAAAACCAGAAUAUGAAUCACGCAAUUUCAGUGCAGUAGUAUCGGUAGUGAGUCGUUCAAGGCCCGAGAAGAAGCGUAUUGUCGAAGUGAAACCUUUCUUCCGCAUGCCUUUUCCGCGUAUAUACGCUUGGUACGCUACAUAACGAUUGGGAGACAUGUCCGUUUCCUUGCCUAUAAGCUUAUACAGAGUCGAACGGAAAAGCAACAGGUGCAGCAUGUGCGAAAAUAGACAGUAAACCGCGACAUAGUGAAAAGUCUGCGUGCGUUAGCGGGCGUUUAAAAUUAACGGAAAAGGUCACCAACAGUGAGGGACGGGAGCCUGCCUUACAGUGGCGUCCUUGAAGAGAGUGAUUACGUCUCGUCGAAUCGCCCACGAGUCUAUCCUUCCGACGAUAUAGCUUAUUAUUUUUCACUUCAUCGUGCGUCAAAGACCUUUUCCAAGAAUGUGUCGUUGGAUUUGAGUCUUGGAGAUGAAACAGAAGAUAGACACACCGUCGUAACUCAUCUGUAUUCUUUCAAGUUCAAGGCGAGGUUGGAACCCCGCGUUCAAUCCUGUUGUGCGAGUCGGCUUCUCAAUUACUUCAGCUUAAAAAGCACUAUACUCGCAAGUUGUACGUAAUAGAGCUACAAUGUAUACUAUCGUGACAUGUGUUACCAUGCACCUUAGUCAGGGCUGUUGAAUGAAACUUGGUGAGAGUGAAAAGUCCAGUUAUCAGUUGGGCAUAUCCAGUAUUGUAAACACGGGUCAUUAGUGUCAUACAUAUGCAAGUCUUCUAGCAAGCAUGAAAUUGUGAAUUUAAAAAUAUCGAAAGCGUAUUACCAUUAGGAGUGAAACUGAUAAGGUGUUUGUUUUAACGCAUUCUACUAUCAUUCAUUCGCGUUCGUGACAUACGGUAGUGUGCAUGAGAAUAACAGUUGUUAAACGUCCGUUUUAAAACCUCGAACGACUUAUGAAGAAGUUCUAACAUUGACAUUGGCGAUAGAUUAUGAACGUGUAUAGUCGUACUUGGGCCUAGCACGUGACAUUCUUUGAAUAUUUUCAUUGGGUGUUCGGAGCUUCGUAUAUACGUAUAUGCACAAUAUUUACCGAAUUACCGUAGGAUAGUCGAUAGUCCUUAGAACGGAUUCCUACCUAUACACUAGUCGUUGGUGUACUGCGCGGGAGUGGCGGGCUGGCCUGGUUUUCUGUUCUGUGAUACUAUAAAAGUUGUUAACUGCAAGCUGCAAGUUCAAUAUUACCGGUAAAUCAAAAAUGGUAACACCAAGUGAUAGCAUCGAGGGAAGCCCUGUUGGUCUACGUCGAGUUCACAGCUUUCGUCUGCUAUCAUCCUCGGAAGACAAAGAGGGUGACGUUGGGUCGCAGUUAAGACGAGGUGGGUCCCUACGUAUACAAAGGACCACCAACUAUGCUGGAUCCUCUACACUAACCGUUUCCACUGAUCCUGAUCAAAACAAUGGCCGGCCCGCCAGGCCCACCAGACACUCCGCACCUUCCACAGCUGCACCUGCACCGGAGUUCCUGGCCCGGAGUCUUCUGCAGCUCGGUUGUCCCAUCGUCUCGAUACCUCAGCCUCGUGGAGGAGUGGGGUCGGAGCAUUUGCCUAGCAGUGACAGCGACGAUUCUCUGUCAACCCACAGCCAUCAUGUCUACAGUCACGGCCAAGUGGAGGGACUUGGGCUUCCAAAAGUCCAUGUAUCGGGGCCUUCAAAUUCCCUGGAUCCCGCAUCUAGUCUCAAUGGGUCAGCGGGAUCUGUAGGCGCGCGAUCGGCACCCAGCACACCUCUUCAAAGUGUAGUUCUGCAGGCAGGACAACCAAUCAGUGGUGCACAAAUCACAGUAUCAGGAUCGAAUCAACAAUUGCCACCUCCUCGGAGCCCUAGUCAUACUGCCCUAAAAUGUAGUGAAAGCCAACUAUCAAAACCGCUUAGUAGAAGUACGCCAUCCAUGGCCGCUAGUGUUCAGACUGUAGCAACGAGAUCAUCGACAAGAUCUUCAUCGACAUCUACGAGCAGUGCUCGUCAGAAGAAAUUUCACCGGCACUUUAGCCAGGUACCCGCCGAGGAACGUGUUCUGAACUACUACAGCUGUGCGCUAGUAGCCGACAUCCUUUUACAAGGACAUCUCUACAUCACACCAAACUACUUCGGCUUCUAUAGCAACGUCUUCGGCUACGUGACUAAAAUACUGAUACCCACGGCGUCGGUUUUAAGGAUCAGCAAAGAGAAGACGGCAAGAAUCAUUCCGAACGCGGUUGCGAUUGCCACAGAGGAGGACAGACAUGUCUUCUGUUCCCUACUCUCGAGGGACUCGACCUUCAAACUGAUGAAACAAGUCUGGGACGCCGCAAAAGAACCGAAACCCGCCGCCGACAUCCCGCUACCGGUUGAGCGAAAACUUCUUUCUCCGGAAACCCUUUUGGUCGACGAUUCCGAGGCCAAUUUGGAGGAGGACGACUCCAGCAUGUCCGAGAGUGGGACUGACCGUACAUCUAGACCGCCUACCGCUUGUACGGACACCGAUGGAUUCUCAGCUAGCAUUCCAAGACCAGUUGCCACCACGACGAGGAUAGAGUCACCGGCGCCGGUAAAAACUCCUUUGACUGCGAAGCCUGUUGCACAAUCAUCUGGCCUUUGGGGUGGCUUCAGGCCUGGUACCAUAAUCGCAGUUCUUGUUGCCCUGCUGGCCAUUUUGUACGUAUCUGCCGCGCUAAUGAUGAUGCGAAUUGAUCGUCUUCAUGCGGCGUACCUGAACCAUCCGUUGGCCUCACCGGAACGCUUCACUCAGGAUCGCCUCCUGCAGUAUCUCAAUUCCAAUCUCGACCAAAUCGUCAAGGUACGACAGAGUCUGCAAACACUCUCUCAACAGUUCGUGUCAAUGACCGAAGAAACCGACGCUGGACCAAUUUCCGGCGGCGUCAUCGACCCUGAGGACGCUCCGAGUUAGCCCCCGAGGAUACCACGUAACGCAACUUUACCAAAUAAUACGCGCUCCCCUCGCCUCGCUCCCGAAUGAACCGUUACGACGCAUUGGCUAGCGCCAGUACGUAAAACAUCAGCAUCAACGUGCAUGUAUAUUAAAUAUGCAGCAUACGUCUGCAAUGGUGCAACACCAGCCUGCGGUACGAGUAUAAAGCUGCAGCGAACGAGAGAUUCAGGCCGUCGGAACGCGUCGCUGUAGACUUCCACAGUUUAAAGUUAUAUUAUAGGCAGGACGAAUCGAGUCAAGCAAGCGUUCGUAAAGACGCGCGUAUGCUAUCAACCCAUUAAAGAUUUAGAGUCAUAGAGAGAACACUGACGACGAGUGAGAUAAAAUGAAAUAGACGGAGUUGCAGGGGCGAGAGGUAGAGACGCAGACUCGUAGAUAGGAAGUAGCGAUUGAUGGUAGUGUCGUUAACUAGCGGAGAUUAGAAACGGGAGCAUGGUAUUCAAAUAACCCGACGUAAGCCCCGAGAGUCGUAUCAUCCACGAUAACGUGCGACACGAUUACACAAACGUAGGGUUGCGCGUGCACGAAAUUUGAGUGUAAGACCGUCGUAUCUCGCCGGCUAUUCGAUGCCAGCUUCUUUCCAAUAAUUUUAUUCGAAAAAUUCUCCCUGUCAAUGAGAUUGUCACGUAUCUUAGUAAAUAUUUCAGGAAUAGCGAGCGAGAGAGCUUGUUAAUGUUGAACUAGUCAGGUCGGUACCUCCCUCAGCCGCAAAUAAAAAACAAAAUACGAAUAAAAAAAAGAAAAAUUAAAAAAAUAAAAAAUUAAUAAAUUUUUAAAAAAUGUACAAAAAAAGAAAAACGGAAGAGUGAAGAAAAUUAAAUAAAAACAGUAGAUAAAUAAAGGCAAGAAAUGAACAUAAAUUACGGAUCGUGUGAAAACUUAUAGUACGUAUAACGUAAGUACACGACGUACACGCGUACAUAAUAUAGGUAUGUACACCCAUUUUGCGAAUUUACCGUGUAAUCGGUAUUCGCAGCUAGUCGGGCACUGUUACAUAGAUAUAUUCAUCUGUCUAUGUCAACACCAAUUCAUGAUGAUGUUGUAAGAUUUAAGGGAUAUUGUGUAAAUUUUGUUUUUAUAGGUUUAAUGAAUAGUUUAUAUUAUACGGACAAAUUGUCGGAUUUUGAGCUCUUGAAAUUUAUAGGGUUUCUUAACAAUUUUAUGUUUCUCAAGUUUGGAACUGACAGGUUAGAGACGGAUAGCUUGCCAUAAUUAGUGACGUUGAAUUUUGGACGAAUGAUUUGAAUAAAUCUUCAAUUUAUAUUGCACUUAAAGUUCGACAGUUGAACCGUGUCCGCUCUCUGUAUAAAAAACGGACAUGGGAUGAUUGAGAAUUUGUAUUUUGAAAUCGAAAAUACGGAAGCUCGAUGUGUAGGAGAUUGACUGUGAUAAUAAGAUUCAGAGUGAAGCUCGUUGGAAGCCGUUGCGUUCGUACUGUUGGAUUCCUGCUAACUGAAUUACGGAAAAUAUUAUACCCAGCUGUAAAAUAAUUGUUAUAUUAUAUAUCCACGACGUGGAUAUAGUUUUUAUUUGUAUAAACUGCGCUGCACGUUCGGUUCAUGCAGUACCUACAAUUUUCAAUCGGAAACUCAAGUCAUCAACGGCAAACUGAGUUGCUAUAAAAAAUAGUAUUUAGAUCAAUGUAAUAAUUAGUUUGAAAUUAACUUGUCAAAACAUAUUCAUACCUGAAAAACUUAUCACCAGAACUCAGUGCUAGUGACAACUUCAGUUUUUCUUCGAGCUUGAUUAUUUGGAACUUUAGAUACGUUCGAUUCUGUUCGAUUGAUGUUAGCAAUAAUCUGUAAUACAAACUACGAAAUUAUCAAUUCAGCAAACCCUAAUACAGCAGAAAUACUUACAUUUAAAAAAAACUCUACUCUUGAAAAAUCAAUUUGAAGUUAAAAGAUGGUAAUUUUUUUCUUUUUCUAGUUGCUCUGAAAUUGAACUACUACAUGUAUUUGAUCUUAUUCGUUUCUUAAAUCAAUAAAAUUGUCGGUUGUAUUUUAAUUUCUUAUUGUUGCACGGAUACUUACAUUAAGUCCGGUGCACGCGGUGCAUUUUUUCGUGCUAAAUUCUUGUGAACAACUUGAAAUGUUCGUAGCUGUGGCCUUCGCUUCUUCUUUUGCUCCUUCUAGUACCAGAGCGACGUAGCUUUUGUUUCUAAUUGGCCCACCCAGUAAACUAAAACGAAUCAAAAAGACGGUGUUCAAUAUAAUUCAAUGCGGUAUCUUUCCAAUCCAGCUGCCUAAAAGAUUUGAAUUGCUUUCUGUAUUCUCUAAAAUUCCAAAUGUCAAACAUUAUAUUUGAUGAACCUAAUUUAUUCGAAACCGCAUUAACAUGGAUAGGAACCGUCUUGUGUUUGAUUUCGAAGCACACGUUAAAAGAAAUAGUGUCAUUCGUUGAAAUGAUGAAUCUAUGAAACCAACGUUGCAUCAAUUCGUAAUUCUGGCAAAUUCUUAUUCAAAGACAGCAUUUCCCAUUAUUUCUGGCUUGACGGGCGUAUAAAGGCUAGCUGAAUAAAAAGCUGUGGGUAAAUAGCGCAUGACCUGUAUUUGUGAAUUACCAAGACAGCUAACAGCUCAGCUUUGUAAGCGUUACCUCACGAAAAAAUGAACCGUAAUCGAACCGAAAUGUAAAAUGUAACUAUUCGUAAAGUUCAAGUUCAAACUUGACUUGAUUUAUCGAUUGCGACUAAUUCUUAUCCUCGGUAUGAACGCAGCCCUGCUCUUUCGAGUCGUACAGGGGAACUAAGAGAAUUGAAAUGUUGAUGAUUCAUGAACUAAUGAUAUACAAUUAUAUUAUAUACGUCAAUUUGUAGUAAUAUUACGUUUUUUGUUAUAAUUAGUAUACAUUUCUCAAUGUGGUUAUAUUAUUGUUUUAAUUCUGUAAUAUUUAUUAUUAUUAUUUUUAUUAUUAUCGUUAUUAUUAUCAAUCUUGUUAAUAUUUAUUAAUUACUGAAUCGAUGUCCGCAGAAGGGAAGUUAAUUUUUUUAUCGGAGCGCAAUACAAUAUAAAUAUUAAAUACAUACACACAGACAUAAAAUUUACACAUGUACAUUACAGAAAACCAAAGAAUCUAUAUAAUUACUCUGAAUUAAAUCCGUGGAAGUACCGGCGUAGGGGAACUUUCUGUGAUAUUCCGGUGAGUUUAAAUCAGUAAUAGCGGUUGCUGAAGACUGGAAUAUUAAGGUAUUACUAUCAUAUUCAAGUAUAAAACAUACAGAGGUAAAAAAAAAACAGUGAAUUAAAAGAUGUCACAAAAACCAAAAAAAAAAUUUACCACCUUAUCAUUGCCAAAAACAUUAACAGAUUCAGUGUACAUGUAAACAUUUUCUCAAUCGUAUUUAUUCACUUCAUUUGAGUCAAUGAUAUUUGGUUCAGAUCAUUUCUAGUUCGCAGCCAUAGAUUUAUCGAAUUUUAUGAGUUUCAUUAUCGAUUUACUAUGAUUGUUAUAUCUUAUACGUGUUUUUAAAGGGUACAUGUAGGCUUCGAAAGUUGGUGCAUUUGUUUCCUUGAGUCGUGAAGUUCGUAAAUUCUCCGAAAAAUAAGUAAUAAAAAUGCAAAUGUCAUUUUAUCUUCAUAUGCUUUACAGUCGGACUACUCAAUUUUUUAAAUUUCACCUCCUUAUUCCCGAGCUUUGACAAGUGUGUGUUUGAUUGAAUGGUGACUAAAUUUUUAUAAUGUUAUACUAAUUAUUCUUACUGUUGGGUAUUGCUGUGGAAUCGCUUCUCUCGUAUAUGAAAACUGAAAGUAUCUGUUUUUGAUAAAUUGCGUAUACAGUGGAAACUCGAUAUCUUAUAUCUCACAAUGAGGCGGUGUAAAUGAAAUUCCUGAUUGACCGCCACAAAUUUUAAUGACCUUAUGGUUUUGAUUCAAAGUUUUCGAUAAAUUAAAAUUAUUUUGUUUGAAUUUAAUCGACAAGUCUUAAAGACUUUUUUUAUUCAAACCAAUUUAAGGAUAAGCAUGGCUAAUACAAAAUAUGUGUAUUAUUAUGCUACGCACCGAAUCAUUCGAUUUUUUUCGAUCCAGUUUCCUUUGCUAGGGACGAGACGCAAAAGUCGUCUAGACUCUGAACGGCAGAAUCGAAAACAGCAAGAUGUCGAACUUCCACUGAAUUAUAAUCUUCUGAAGCUUAACAAAAGUAGGAAGCACCAAACUCCGUGUCAAUAUCAAUAUGUAAAUGAUUUUCAAUCAUUUGUUAGACUCAGACAGUGAAACGGCCAUAUUUUAUUGCAGACUUUAUUCUCUUAAAAUGAAAUUCAAAUUCAAAUUUAACGAGAUGAGAUGAAUUUCUGAUUCGGUAGAACAACAAAAUUUCCGAAUCUAUUUGAUCUCGAGAGAAUUAUUUAAAAAAAGAAUACAAAAAAAUUGUUUACAUAUAAUAAUUAACUGACGUUCGAUGAUUUAAUUUUGUGAAAAAUCGUUUUAAGUUUGUCUUUGGUAAAUACUUUUUAUGAGGAUUGAUAGAAAACAAGCAAAGUAAGCACGUAUCUAGGGUGCAAAUUAACUACAUUUUUAUUAAAAUAAAUACGAUUGAGAAGUUCAGUUGCAUUUGCAUUUGUUAACUUACCUCUGACUCGAUGGGCAUAUUUACUUAUGACCCGUGAGUGUGUGUAAGAAUUUGUUUCAAAGAUUCAAGGAUCUUCAAUUGACAAAGCGCGGUAAAUUUUUUAAAUAAUAAGUAGUAAAGUUGCCCACGCCAUUCGUCGUGUGAGAUUAAUGAUAACUUGUGGCCGAAGAAUAAAAUUGAGCCACGCUUCUAUAGUGCUAUAUUUACUAACUAUCGUUUAUAGACAUUCCUUACGCAGAAUAUGCAAUAAUAAAUAAAUUUACUUUACCUCUAGCUUUUCUUUCGAAUUAUCGUUAUAGUAACUGAUGGUGUGUUAAGGCGUUUUGAGGAAGGAGCUCACCCGGUAGUAAAUAAUCUAACCAAUUAUCCUCACAAUAUAGUUAUUUAGGGAUGUUGUAUUAAUCCUGUGAAAUGAGAGAUAUGGAAAGAGGAAAAGAGAUAGUUUAUCUCCUUCUCCAUCUAUUCAGGAAUUAAAUACGAAUUCGUUCGUAUAUACGAUAUAUUUCUGCAGACAUCUGAUUCAAUAAUUGCGAGGUGUGUACAUUCUUCAAUGCCAAGAAAAAUUAGGGUGAUGUUGAGACAUAUUACCCCUCGAAAUACGCGUCACGAGGCUACGGCCUGCAACGUUAGAGAAAAAGAAAAAAAAAAAAAACAUCGACGAUAUGAAAUAAAAGUGAAAAUACUUGAAAAACAUGAUAAUAAAUAAUCGAAAAGAAACUAAUUACUAUUAUCUGCAUAAAAUAUUUUUUGACUUUUCUUUUUUCAAAAUGCUUAGAAUACGAACAACGUGAUUACGUGACACUGUAGAUUUGAAUCAUCAUUAAGCAUGAGUUAUAUGUUGCGACCGCUAUACAGAAAAACUAAUAAAAUUGUGAUAAGUUUAUUUUCUCUUGUCACGGUAGUUUGAAUAUCAAAUCCACGGUGUUAACGUUCAUAACCGGGCGUCGACUGGAAAAUUUAAAAAUGGUUACCCUUGGGUAAAUUUUUGUGGCCAGUACGCCGCGGAUAAAUGGAUGGGGGUCAGCCUAGCUCGAAAAGAAGCCGUUCUAACGACCCGGUAGCUUUUUUAUCGGCGGGAACCGUUUAAGAGGAUGUUAUAGUCAGUCUUGACCGACUGAGUAAAACGUCACUUAUUUUGUAUCUUGUCAAAUCCUGCACAGAACUGAAGUGGAAAUACCACAGUAAGCGUAAUUUUACAUGCAAUGCUUGGCAAAGUCAUCCAAAAAUUUUUUGGGUGUAAUGCGAAAAUAACUCCAAGAAAUUUAUUCCUGCAGUAAGUGAUAAUUCAAUUAUACGAAUACAUUUAUCGGCUUUAUUGUUGCAAAAAAUAACGCUUUUUUCCAUAUUUCUAUUCGGAAUCGCAUGUAGAAUUGCGCCGACUGCGGCAUUUUCACAUCAGCGAUGCGCAGGAUUUGAUCUUGUUCAAAAUAAGUGAUAUUCAACACGGUCGGUAAGAACUGACCGCAGUGUCCCCUUAACAUGAUAUCCUAUGAGACACAAAAAGCCCCAUUAGGGUAACCGUCUUCAACGGCACUCAGUCAACGAAUCUGGCAAUCCUAACUAAUUUUUUCAUAGAAACGACACACGUGUGUAUUCCUUGUUCUAGUUCACAUAUGAAUAUACUUGCCUUACAGUAAUGAUUUCUAGACUUUUUAGAAAGGUGCUCAAUACAUGGUCCAUUUUCCUUAGGAUAUAUUAUUGUGUAACGAUACUUAAUUUAUUAUUUUUAUGUAACAAUGAGUGUAUGCCGCCUGGCAGGUUCUGCUUGUUUACAAUCUGAAAUUUCAACUUUUGACAAUACACUUAUGUAUGGAGGUAUGUACCUUCUCAGCUGGAGUGAGAAUAGAUUCUAGUGAAACUCGGAUCUUUCACAUACUUACGUUUGAGAUCGAAAUGUUCUUCAGAUUAUAUUUAACUUCUUCGAAACUAAGCAAGUUUCAACCUAUUAGUUUCAAGAUUAAACUGAAUAAGAAACAUAGAAUUGGAAGAAUAUUACGUAUAAUAAAUAAAUAUCAAAUCUAAAAACGGAUCUUGCAUAUUAGUAAUACGCGCAUUACAUUCCCACACGACUUAUAGACUUCCUUUGCGAAUGAAUUUCAUGUUCAUUAGAAUCUGUAUGAAUUCUUGGCAAUUUUAGAAAUAUCCAUGAAAGAAUAAAAUAGCAACUGAAUUCACAAAGCAGUCGCAAGGAAUUUACGCUACAAUGAAAAUGUAUUUACAUAAAGACAAUUUAUUAUCUGUUCCCUGCGAAUUAAGAAAGAGUUUUCCGUCAAUAAACCAUAAAUUAUGUCUGAAUACACUAGGAAAUCGUUGCAUGUAAUAUCUCAGCAAAAUUGCUCAUAUUCCGUCGAUAUUCUACUGUAUAGAAUCAAGUCCAUGUUCCCACCACUUUAUUACUCGCAAGUCUCUUUGUGGAUACAUUCCAGUUAUACAUAUAAUAAGCCCACCAUUGCAUUCGUGUAAUAAAAUAAUAUAUUUGUUCUACAUUAGAAUUAUUCAUCGAUUAUUUGAAAUUAACACUUUUUAUCCGAAGUAUCGAUUGUCGAAAUCGAAUGAGCGAUGAAAAUUAACCGGUUCUUUUGAUUCUUCGCACCACUAGACUCGUGUAAAUUUGGACGCGCGCCGCGUAGCGAACGGUGAAAAAUGUAAGUUAACGUUUUUUUUAACUAUAGAUGAAUUCUUUGUCAAUUCAUAAUUAUUGAAAAAAAAAAGAAUUCUAUUCUAAUCUUUCAUGAAUACCGUAAGAACUCGAUAUGAUUUGAUUCUUUUCACUCUAUGUUCAUAUCGAAUUUGAAUUUUGAUUCUUUCAUAAUGAUUCGCGAAUAAGUAUACCGUCGGGAAAUACAUUUUAUUCGAUCGUCGAAAUUAAUACGAAGUGACGAAAUCCAAACAUCCUGUUUUAGUCAAGGUUUCAGCAGAGCCCUCCUACAAUUUAUUCUAUGACUUAUACAGAACAGGUCUUACUGUUAGCUAGCGUGAAAAAUUCACAUUUUGUGCAUCGUCAUAGAUUACAGGUUCUACGUAAACCAAAAGCGAAAACAGCCCAGUUUUUUAUUACCAAUUUUUGUUUGCGCAUGACCGAAUUCACCAUAUUUUCGAAAAGUAGAUACGACUGCUGACAAUAGUUGACGUGGUCUUCUGUUACGAUAAUCAUGCCUCUUACUUUCUGCACGUUCAUUGAUCUGUACCACAGAAUGUCAGUAAUAUGAGUAAGAAAGGUUGAAAUUGGCGUUCCGCGACCGAGUACACAAGUGAUUCUAAAAUGAUUAUUUCACGAACUUGGUUGCGAUGUACAAAAAUUGGAUGUACCUUGAUUUCGUUGAAUUUUAUAUUGCCGUUUAGUAGUGAGUCUGACAAUUCCAGAAGUGUACAUCUCCGUCGGUAAAGCCAUUUGCCGUUUUUUAUAUGCCUACAUCGUAAAUUUUUCUCAACAUUUUCAUUGCUGUUAUUAUCACUAUCAUUAUUAUUAUUACUCCUUCAAUUUUUAUCACAAUUCAUUCAUCGUUAUCAGCAGUAUUGUUAUUUUUACUUAUAUCGUUGUUAUCAUUAUUGCCAUUGUUCUCAUGAUCAACAUUAUAUUUAUUGUUAUCGUUGUUAUCAUUGCUUUUAUUAUUAAACUUAUUAUUACCAGCUGUUCUGAUCUUUCACUCGUUACACUUGCUCGGUAUCAUUACAGACAUGAAAUUGGUAUUUCAUGGUGCCACUGUAAUUGAAGAUGCUUAAUUUCUUUCUUAUAUCUCAAUACUUGUAAUACAAAUAUUUUUUAACAAUUCGAGCACUGUUCGGUUCGCUUACUUGGACCGUGGCUGUUUGUAUUUGUACGCUUAUGGGCACUAUAUCGAGAAAAAACGGAGAUUGAAAAUACUUUUAUGUGCUACACAUACAUUGCGGCACAAUUAAAUAUUUGACGAUUCACGCAGCCCAAUCAAAGUUGAAUCUUAUAUCUAUAGUGAUCCUAAACGGAUAUAGAGUGUGAGGGUUUUCAAGCUGGAAGGUAAUAUUCUAUACAAGAAAUUUUCCUUCAUCAAUGAGUCUUUCCGAGCAUGAACAAGAAGGUAUUUUCAUAUAAGGAGUAAUGAGCAGGACCUGCCAAUCGCGACUUAAUAAUCAAACGUAGUUGUUCAUAAUUUUGCAGAUUGACUAUUGAUAUGAUACAGGUGUACGCGUCUGCACACACCUAGAGCUCAGACCUGUAAAUGC